UCCAUGCCUUGAGUCUCAUGGCUUCUUAUGUGCAGCAGUGGGCGAACAAGCAGUACUGUGACAUAUCCGAGAAAAUGAGGAAUCCCAAGCACCCCGUGUACUGCUGCAUAGAGUGCGGCUUUGUUGCUCAUGUUAGUUGCACACUCAAUGAGGUAUUGCCGUCAGUUAUUGAAGAGUACGAAAAGGAAGCUAAGCUCAGAGAAAACCUCAAGCAUGAUCUGGGCCUCCAGAGGAUAAAUAUGAGGAUUCAGGAUGAUCGAGAUGAGGAAGAGCGCUUAGUUGCAGAACUGGAGAAGAUAACAGCGAGGCUAGACAUACUAAAGGUGAAUCGUGCCGAAUAUGUCGCAUCCUUAUUGCCCGAACUUAACUGUGCUGAUUGCUCCACUACGAUGCAGCCUUCGGCAUAGUAGUUACAUCUGCAAGUGCAUACAACGAUUUGUAUUUGGUUAUAUGACAUACUAGCAAUUUUUAGGACCUUAUCAUACGAUUCACCCAUAAAAUUUUGUGUCAUUCCAAGUGAUCUUUGUUUGGUACCAGAAAACUGUCAAGCGAUAGAACUGACUAUUGUAUGCAUGUCAAAUUCGAAAAUUUGCUUUACGGGUCUCAGUCAAUGAGAAGGCAUCUCAUACCUUCAUUGUACCACAUGGUUAGUGUAACAGACAAAAACUGAACCGUGUAAUCAGUGCAUAAUCAUGUGGUUUAAUGGUAACUGCGGGGAAUUAGACAUUAUCCUAUCGACUGCUGCACCCGUACA